AUGGUCGAAAAUACAACAGAAACAGAUUUGAAAACGUUUAAAGAUUUUUUAACACAAUAUAAUGUCGUUGCGGAGCAGUGCUUUACAUCCUGCAUAACCGAUUUUACCACAAGGACAGUAAGUAACUCCGAGGAACAGUGUUGUUCGAAUUGUCUUGAUAAAUUUCUGAAAAUGACUCAGAGGAUGUCGUUAAGAUUUCAGGAACAUCAAUUGAUUCAGAGUGAAGCUCAAGGACCUACAGGAUUGAAAUAG